AAGAUCGUUUUGCCAACUCUUCACAUCAUCAGUAACGGCAGUCCCCGAACGUACGCUCAAAAUCAUGGCUCCUCCGCAACAGAAUAUGGCCGCCGUUUGUUACGGCCGGAACGAUCUACGACUGGUGCCGAUCGCGAUACCCGAGCCGGCCUUCAACGAGGUGGUGCUGGAGGUGGACAGCUGUGGUAUCUGCGGCACGGACGUGCACUUCCUGCGGGAGGGUGGUUUCGGCGACCAGAAGCUUAUCCGUCCGCUGGUGCUCGGACACGAGUCGGCCGGUGUGGUGCGCAAGGUGGGCAGUGCCGUGACGCAUCUGAAGGUGGGCGAUCGCGUUGCGAUCGAACCGGCGGCCGGAUGUCGUACGUGCGAUCUGUGCAAGGUGGGCAAGUACAACAUCUGCCUGACCGGGAAGCACUGCCCGACGAAGAACCACGAUGGCAACUGUUCCAACUUUUUCGCACACUACGCCGACUGCUGCUUCAAGCUGCCGGACCACGUCACGAUGGAGGAGGGCGCACUGCUGGAACCGUUGGCGGUCGGUGUGUACGCCGGCCGGCGGGCCGACAUUCGGUUGGGCAACAGUGUCAUCAUCUUCGGUGCCGGUCCGAUCGGAUUGAUUUCACUGGUCGUAGCGAAAGCGAUGGGUGCGACCCGGACGGUGGUGCUGGAUUUGGCCAAGGCUAGCAAGCGGCUGGAGGUGGCCAAGAAGCUGGGCGCCACGGCAGUAAUACCGAUUGGAGCGGCGGACAAGGAGGAUGACAUCGUGGCACGCAUUAAGGAGGUGUUGGGCGGUCCGGCAGAUCGUGUGCUGGAAUGUACCGGCAGCCAGCCUGGUAUGCGCAUCUCGAUCAGGGCGACGCGGAACGCCGGUAUCGUGUGUCUGGUCGGGCUGGGCAACGAAGAGGUGCAGCUGCCGAUGGUGGAUGCAAUUUCGCGCGAAGUGCAAAUCAUAACCGUUAUGCGGUACAAUCACGACUAUCCGGCAGCGUUGGAAAUCGUUGCCAGUGGGUACGUCGAUGUGAAGCCGCUGGUGUCGCACCACUUCGACCUGAAGGACGUGAACGAAGCAUUCCGGGUGGCAGCCUCGGGCGAAGGGUUAAAGGUGAUGGUGCAUCUAACACCGCGUGACAGUAACAAUCCGAAGAAGUUUGUUAACUGAGUUGUAGUAGCCGAAAAGGGUCUAUAAAUAAAAAAGGGUAACUGUA